CAGAGUUCUACUUUAUCGACAGAAGUCAGUUAAAGGACAGAGAGUUGGUUAUAACCUAACUUUUGCUAAAAAAAAAAUUUGUCAGGCUUUUUAAACAAAUUACACAUUUAAUUAAUAAUCAUGUCGGUGUGGAGACAAGCAGGACUUAAUUACAUCAAUUAUUCACAAAUUGCUGCUCGUCUUCUUAGACAGGCACUUAAAACGGAUAUGAGGGCAGAAGCUGCAAAACGAGACGAAGCAAAUGUUAAAUUUACACAAUGGAAAGAUGGAAAACCUAUUACUGAGAAGGCUUAAAAAAAAAACAUAAUUAGGAAUUAAGGAAGGACAAUUAGGUGGCAUUCAAUCAUACACAGUCAAAUAGAAAAUUAUACCCUUAAAAAAAAAAAAUAUUAUUUUAAGUUCUAUCAUGUUCUUCGUUAUGUAAAAUAAAUUUUCAUUUCACAAUUUGAA